AUGCCGGUUUCGGAUUUUGAUGUGGUUUGUUCGAACUACCCAAGGUGGUUUUAUGACGCAGUGCCUGGAGUGGAAAUAUAUGCUUUUGAAGACCACACGCCGCCGAAUAUCGAGCUGAUACAGCCGUUCUGCGAGUCCGUUCAUUCGUGGCUCAGUGCCGACUCGAGAAAUGUGGCGGCAGUGCAUUGUAAAGCUGGAAAGGGCAGGACAGGAACAAUGGUAUGCUGUUACUUAUUGUACAGCGGGCAGAAGGCCACUGCAGAUGAAGCUUUGAAGUUCUACGGCACUAAGAGGACUCAUGACGAGAAAGGUGUGACGAUACCCUCGCAAAGGCGGUACGUGGAGUACUUCGCCUCGCUGGUCCGCUCUUCACUCCACUAUACGGCCAGUAAGGUGCACAUACGGGAAGUGGUGAUGUCACCACCUCCAGCACUCUCCGCUGCCCACUGUACCUUGGAGAUCACUGUUGCGCAGGCGAAGUUGUCACUUAAGACGUGCCUGGGCAGUCAUGAGACGCGCCGCGGCGAGCGCUACGUGCGCGUGUGUCCACUCGCGUGCACGCCCCUGAGCGGGGACGUGCGCCUGGACGUGUACGCCAAGCAGAAGAUGAUGCGCAAGGAGAGGCUCUUCCACCUCUGGUUCAACACCUUCUUCGUCACCGCCUGCGUGGGCUCGCAGCCCGUGCCCUCGCCGCACGAUAGUCCGAACCUGGAGACAUUUAAGCUGACCCUUAAUAAAUGGGAGUUGGAUGACGCGCACAAGGACAAGCAACACAAACUGUAUAGUGAGGAUUUUAAGGUCGAGAUAAUAAUCCAGAAGCAACCAGAAACGUCAAAGUUCAGCGGUCACUGCGACAGAGCGCCUUCGCCCCAGUCCUCCACGGCUUCCUCGUGUUCGGAGCCCGACACAGAACCAGAUGCCCACUGGGACUCCGGUGAGCAGGACCUGCACUUGCACACACCUUUACACUUACACACACCCAUACACUUACACUCGAGCGUACACAUGAAGGAUACACUUAAACCGUGCGACCAUAGCUUCGAUAAAGGGGAUAAAGUUACGUGUGAAAAGGAUAGCGGGAAUAAAACUGGAGACAACUUACACUUGGGUUGGGCUAAAAAGUGUACAGACUACGAGUGUAAAUUAAACGAUAGUAAAGAGACUUACAAGUUCCUAGAACAUUCGCUGUGUCAGUGCGGCCAUUGUGACUGUAAAUCUGACAGCCAAGACACGAAUUCCGUUAUGUCUUCCAAGAACACGUGCGAUUGCAAAGAUUGGUCCAAUUACUGUCAAUGCAAAGACACCCCGUCCGAUAUAAGUUGCGAAUCGCGAUUCGAUUUUCCGAUUAAGCCCGAUUCGAAUCCGAAAGAAUGUACGGGCAAGUGUCGCGAGAAGGAGCGUUACGAUAUCGAAUGCGAUUGUAAAACAUAUAAAUCGGAUAUCAGUAACGUUAGUACGAAAUCGUGCGAUUCCUGUCUCAACGGCUCCUGUAAUUGCAUCGGAUAUAAGGCGGAGAGAAAUCGACCGAACUUCACACCGAUCGAAUAUUCGUAUGGAGAGUACGAGUCGAAUUUCGAAUCGAAAAAGACGGAGAGUACAGAGAGUGAUAAGGAGGGGAGUAUACCUAAAGUUGGGUCGGAUCAGUCUAUGGACGAGAAGCGAUCCAAACCGCGCUUGUCUCUGGGCGACAUGAGAGCUUCAUGGCGGGAAUUUAGCGGGAAAUUCGGUGAGAGCCGAAAAAAGAAAAAUAAACAUGAUUGUUGA